UCCCCUGAGGAGAAGGAGAGGAGACUCAGGUCUUUGGGGCCGCGCUUUCCUGAUGAACGUAUAGAAAGGGCUUUCUACUUGGCCUCCACAGCUGAAAUUAUAGACCCUUAUGUCCCUCCCGAGGGCGAUGCCCGCUUGACUUCCCUAUCCAAAGAUGGGCUGAAGCAAAAGAUGGAGAAGCUGAAGCAGACGGCUGCCUCCCAGCUAUCUCUGCGAAAGAUAAAAGAUCAUGAUCCGGAUUUCAGCACCAAAACCUUUCCAGAGAAGGCGCAGCAGAUAUUUAUUGAAGCUCACAAUUGCCUGGCAAACUUCAACAAGCAGAAGCUUCACUCCCUGGUGACAGAGCGCUGCUACCCGGAAAUGGUCCGCGGGAACAGGUACAAGACCAUCCGGUGGAGCUUUGUGGAGUCGCUGGAGCCUCCGAGAGUGGUUCACGUUCGAUGCGACAGCAUCGUGAACCGAGGCAACCUGUACGGCCAGGUCACGGUGCGCAUGCACACGCGGCAGAUUCUGGCGAUCUACGAUCGCUUUGGGCGCCUGAUGUACGGUGGGGAGCAGGUGCCUAAGGACGUUUUGGAGUAUGUCGUGUUUGAGAGGUACCUGGUUAACCCGUACGGCACGUGGAGGAUGCACGGCAAGAUCGUCCCGUCGUGGGCUCCGCCGAAGGACCCCAUCAUUAAGACGGUCAUGCUUCCUGGCCCAACCUUGGAUCCCUCACGAGAGCAUGAGGAAGCGAAGUAG